AUCGACCCAGUGAGAGGGAGGUUGCCUCAGAGGGACCUGCGGUGGCAACUGUACCAUGGCCGCGCUCUAUGGCGGCGUGGAAGGGGGAGGCACACAGUCCAAAGCCCUUUUACUUUCUGAGGAUGGGAAGAUCCUGUCAGAAGCAGAUGGACUGAGCACAAACCACUGGCUGAUUGGCACAGACAAGUGUGUGGAGAGGAUCAACGAGAUGGUGACCACUGCCAAACAGAAGGCUGGAGUGGAUCCUCAGGUACCCCUUCGAAGCCUGGGCCUGUCCCUGAGUGGUGGGGAGCAGGCAGAUGCAGUGAGGCUCCUGAUAGAGGAGUUGAAGGGCCGAUUUCCCCACCUGAGUGAAAGUUACAUUAUCACCACUGACGCAGCAGGUUCCAUUGCCACAGCUACACCGAAUGGUGGGAUUGUGCUCAUCGCUGGAACCGGCUCCAACUGUAGGCUUGUCAGUCCCAAUGGCUCCGAGAAUGGUUGUGGUGGCUGGGGCCACAUGAUGGGAGAUGAGGGCUCAGCCUUCUGGAUUUCACACCGAGCCAUAAAAAUUGUGUUUGACUCCAUGGACAACCUGGAGGCAGCUCCUCAUGAUACUGGCUAUGUCAGGCAGGCUAUGUUCAACUAUUUCCAGGUGCCAGAUUGGCUAGGAAUCCUCACCCACCUGUAUAGGGACUUUGAUAAAUCCAAGUUUGCUGGAUUUUGCCAGAAAAUUGCAGAAGGUGUACAGCAGGGAGAUCUCCUUUCCCAGUACAUCUUCAAGAAGGCUGGGGAGAUACUGGGCAAACAUAUUGUGGCAGUUUUGCCAGUGAUUGACCCAGUCUUGUUCCAAGGGAAGCUUGGCCUCCCCAUUGUGUGUGGGGGCUCAGUGUGGAAGAGCUGGGAGAUGCUGAAGGAAGGCUUUCUCCUGGCACUGACUCAGGGCCGAGAGCUGCAGGCCCAGAAAUCCUUUUCCAGCUUUACCCUGAUGAAGCUACAGCAUUCUUCUGCACUGGGAGGUGCCAGCCUAGGAGCCAAGCACAUUGGAUACCAGCUUCCCCUGGACUAUAGCAUCAACACCAUUGCCUUCUUUUCCUAUACCUUCUAGGGCCUGCACCCCCUCCCCCAUCCAGCUGACAGUAAGUGUUAGAAGAAGGAGCUUUUUUGUUGUUAAAAACAUACAUGGAAGAAAAUAAAUGCACUUUACCCGCCCCC